AUGCCACGUAAGCUACGUAAGAAUAUACGUAAGAGGAAGAGAGCAUUGAAACAUCCAAUAGUAAAACUGACACCACAACAACAGUUGCAACAACAAAUGAUGAAUGACCCCACUAUGUUGCAACAAAUGUCAAGCAAUCCUAUGCUUUUAAACCGAGUUGUUGGUGCACAGAGUGGAGGUUUAAGAGCGGCACUUUUAGCGAAAAUGGCAGGCUUUGGUGGAGCUGCAGACGGAACAGCCUAUAACCCUCAAAGUCAAAUGAAUUUGAGUUCACUCAAAAAUCAAAUAGCAGAUGUCAAAAAGUCAAACAUAGACAUACAGAAGCAAAUAGGUGAAAACGAAAAGAAACUAGAAUAUGACAGACACACAAAGAAACUCAAUGAGUUAAACGUAGAGAAAAAGAAGAAAGAAGAACAACUGAAAGAACUAAGUACAGAGCAAUAUGCGAAAAAAGUGUCAGAAAAAGCAGCAGAAGUAGCAAAAAUGGAACAAGAUGUCAUAAAUUUGAAAAACCAUACUACUCAAUAUAAAGUACUGAAAGAUGAAGAGAUAAAACAAAAAGCCCUGAAGACAUAUAUGGAUAGCGAUGAGUAUAAAAAGGAAGUUGAAGCAAAUGUAAAGGCAGAAAAACUUUUACAGUUGCAAAACCAAACCGUACAGUAUGAAAACUUAGCACAAGAAAGUAAAAAUAACGACGCAGCCAUGCAAAAGGCAAUGAAAAGCGCAGAAUAUAUAAAAGCUAACAAUGACUGGGUAGAUGCCCAAGCCAACGCCAAAGCAGCCCAGCUUAUAGGGUCAAUAAGGACAAAAAUACAAGCGGAUGAAGACAGUUCAAAUGAAGCUUUAACAAAUGCUGACUUUAAGAACGCCUUCGAAGCUCUUCAUAGUAAGGUGAAACAAGUGAACGAUUUCUCAUCUGGAAAGAAACUGAAGUCUGAAGGUUUCGACAAAGAGUUAAAAGAAGUAGCACAAAAUAUGACGAAAAUAACAGAUGCAGCAACGAGACAGGCAGUUCAAAGUGCCUAUGACGCCGUUAGAGCAACUGUUGUGAAAAGUCAAGAAAAAGAGUUACAACAGACCAAAACAGACCUAGUAAAUGCUUUCUUAAGAACGAAAAGUCAGGUAGGACAUUACGCUGCAGAUGGAACAUAUGUGCCAGCUGGUGGAACUUAUAUACCAGCUGUUGGAAUUUAUAUACCACCAAACCCUCCAAGAGAAGCACCUGCACCAGGACUACCUAAAACAUUUACAUCGUCACAUGGACACAGACACAGGCAUGCACCAAAACAACAACCAACACAACAACCAACAGUUCAAAAUCCAGCACCACAACAACAACCAAAACCAGCACAACAACCAACAGUUCAAAACCCUGCACAACAACCACCUCCACAACCAGAGCAAGGACAUAAAAGAAGUAGAGAACAAGGAAACCAAGAAUUCUUAAAAAUGCUUAAAGAAGACUAUGGUUACCCAGAUACUAUUGACUUUAGUGACAGAUAUAAAGAAGCUAUUAGAAAGUUCAAGGAUGGAAAUGCUGACCCGAACCUAUUUAGCUUUAUGGCUCAGCACCAAAUCGGAUAUAAUUUCAAACCUGGAAAAUACAAGCUCGCUAAGGGAUAUGAUUUAAUAUCAUAUCAUCCAAAUGACAUGAACGAAUUUACUCCGAGAUAUUUGGUGUCAGAGCUAAAUAAUGAUUCAACUAUCUGCAUGAAACGCGUAAAAAAUAGAGACGGAACGAAAGAACAAAGGCUUAUGAAUGCGGAUGACUUAAAUAGGGAAUUUGUUGAAAACGGUCUCGGAAUAUAUGAAAUGCCAGCAGAUGAGGUACAAGAAACUCCACAGGAAGAAGUUCAGAUACAACCAGACAUGGAAGAAAUAGUUCAGCAACAACAGCUAGAAGAGCCUGAAGGAAACGAACAA